ACUGCGCAUUCGAUCUCAGAGCGCUGAGAAGGGACGCGGAGGGGCCUUCGCACCUUCUCCUUAGAUCCGUGGGUUUCUGGAGAGAGAGCUGGGGUGUUGGGAAAGGGGACAGUGAUGUCUAACUGGGGAGAGUUCUUCUGUGGAUGCGUCACAGGGUAGCGAGUUCAGUGGGGAGAUAGUGGUGGAUUGACUCUGACCUCCCCCCUCCCUCCCCCAGCCCCGUCACGUCCUGGUUCCAAGCAUGAGAUGAAAGGAAGCACUCGGUCCAUUCAGGCUUCUGGGCCAUAAACUCAGAGUCGCUCCCCUCAAGACACUAUUCCCUGAAGGCUAAAUUUUGGGGGGUAUGCCGGAGGGCUUUAUGAGUGGGUCCCUUUCAUUUCCUGGCACCGUUACCCGAGUCUAGUUUUCCGCUGCAUCUUGAUAAGUCAAUUUUGGGUAGAGCAGGGAGAACGGAUCGUCAGGGAGAGAGUUAGCGUCCCAAAUCCCUUUCAGCUCCAAGGAAGUUUUCGGGUCCCCGUCUCCCCUUCAGCAACAGAAUGGCUAUCCUUUGGUGAAUUAAUUGAUUGUUUGCAGACAUGUUUUCCGAAGCUCUAUGGGCUCUUCUUUUGUUGUCAAGUUCCUUUGAUAAAUGGUUGUGCUGUAGAGCUGAGAGAGAAGAGGGAAGAAGGAAAAUAACAUACAAAAAGAGAAGAAUGGGGUGCGCUGAUUCACACAUUCAUUUGGAAGGAAUUCGGAAGAGGGUCCUCAAGUCUAGGACACCUAGCAAAAAAGGCCGAAGUGCCCGGCGAGCUGGAAACCCUGGCCCAGAGCGCCCAAAAAAUCCCGGACCGGCGCCUCUCCCCACCCCCACCCCCACCCCCACCCCUACCCUCACCCCAAGCGUCCUCCUGGGAGGAGGAGGAAGAGGAGGAUGGAAGAAGCGCAUCACCAAGCAAUCCAUUCCCCGGCCAGUUUGUCCAGCCCUGGCGACGUCUUUGGAUCUGAGAAUUAAAGGGUUCCAGCACUUCCUUCAAGCACCGGCACAAACCCGACCUGCUCGUUUGUCAACUUUCUCAGCCCCUAAUCCAAACAUGCUUGAAAGCCCCUGGCCCCAAGACUUGCUUUCUCUCCAGACCCGGGUAGAGAGAGACCUAUUCCCAGCCGGCAGUCGAGCUCAGGACGCGGGGCUCGGAAUUUCUCAGUCGACAGAGCAGAGCAGAGGAAAGCUGAGCAGAGCGCACCCACUCAGCCUUAGGCUUCGAGGGAGGCGGGACAAGAAUUCCUCGGCGGCUUUUCGUCGGUGCCAGUGAAAAGGAAAUCAAGUCCUGACUUCCCCAGUGGAAAAAAUAAAAACAAAACCCAACAAUAGCAAACCCCCUCUGAAUUUUCAGACCCUGAUCCUGCCUUCUCAUCCUCGUAAGUUUCCCGCCGAGUUUGGGAAAAGGGCUUUUUAGAGAAACAACGUUGGCACGACAUAGGGGGUCCGGGCAGGAAGAGAGAUGUCCUCGGGGAGUAUGUAAUAGGAGUGGGGGGAUCAGUGAAGGGAGGAAGGGAGGGACAGGAUGGAUACACUGGGAAGGCUUUUGGUCAUCCGGGGUCACUGGGGUAGAGUCUGCCGGGAAUAAAUUCACAAGCAUC